AUGUCUCCAUUGGAUGCUGCAUAUAUCACAGACAUAACUCUGAAAACUCUAGAAAAAUUAGGCUUAGAUUAUAAAUUUUCUCUUGUUGGCUUGGGAUUUGAUGGAGCAUCAGUCAUGAGUGGAGGAAUUAGUGGCGUUCAGAAACGUAUAAAAGAGAAAGCAAUUUUUGCUUAUUAUGUUCAUUGUUACGGUCAUAAGCUCAAUUUGGUUUUGACAAGUGUUGCAAAGAACGUACCACAAGCAUCUGAAUUCUUCAGUCUUCUUGAAGAAGUCUAUAUCUUUGCUAGUAAUGCAGUGGUUCAUGAGAAGUUCCUUUCUAUACAGCGUGAAAUGUUUCCUGAAGAACAAAUUCGAGAACUUCAGCAUCUCAGUGAUACUCGCUGGUGGUGUCAGGCUACCUCCUGUGAUAAUGCUUUAUUACGUCUGGAGUGUAUUAUAAGACUUUUGAAGGAGACUUCUGCAGAUGAUACUGGAGCUCGAGCUGUAUCUGCUAGAGGUUUACUUGCUCAGAUGGAUGCAGAAUUUGUUUGUUUAUUGCAGUUUUUCUCUGAAAUUCUGGGAAAAAUAAAUGACAAGAAAACGUUCAAGAAAACCUCGACAACUCAGUAUUUUAUCAUGUUGGAAACAUCUGGCCAGAGAGUUGUGGAGCCGAGUCAUCCACAGCACGUCACAAUCUUAUAUGAAGUAUUAGACUGUUUAAAUAGUGAAUUAGAUCGUCGUUUUUCCCAAGAGUCAUUGUCGAUUCCCCAAGAAGAAGAAGAAGAAGAAGAAGAAGAAGAAGAAGAAGAAGAAGAAGAAGAAGAGGGAGUCCGAGAAACGGCUUCUAUCACCUCUGAAGAAGAAGAAGAAGAAGAAGAAGAAGAAGAAGAAGAAGAAGAGGAGGAGGAGGAGGAGGAGGGGGAGGAGGAGGUAUUAGAAAUGGAAGGAGUGACGAAGGGAUAG